AUGGAGCAUCAGUUUGAACCAUUACAGAACGACCUCAUCCUUAGAACAGCAUGGGGUCAGAAGGUUGAGCGCCCACCAAUGUGGGUGAUGCGUCAAGCUGGACGUUACCUGCCUGAAUACCACGAAGCAAAAGGAAAGAAUGACUUCUUUGAAUGCUGCCGCUCUCCGGAGAUCGCAUCGACAUUAACUCUCCAGCCCAUUGAACGUUUCGCCGGACUUGUCGACGCAGCUAUUAUAUUUUCCGAUAUUCUCGUGAUUCCUCAAGCUAUGGGGAUGACCGUAGAGAUGGUUGACAAGAAAGGACCUCAUUUUCCCGAACCUCUGGAGUCACCUGAGGACGGCCAAUAUGAGCGAGUUUUGAACAAGAAGGUGGAUGUCGCGGCAGAAUUGGACUAUGUUUACAAGGCAAUCACUUUGACCAGACACAAGCUAAAGGGAAGAGUACCAUUAUUUGGAUUUUGUGGUGCUCCAUGGACCCUGUUAUGUUACAUGGUGGAAGGUGGAGGAAGCAAGUUGUUUGUGAAGACCAAGACUUGGGUUUACAGGUAUCCAGAAGCAAGUAAGGCGCUUCUUCAGAAGAUCGCAGAAGUGUGUGUAGAGUAUUUGGCUUUGCAAGUAAAAGCUGGUGCACAGUUGGUUCAAGUUUUCGACUCGUGGGCUGCGGAAUUAUCCCCAUCUUCUUUCAAGGAGUUCUCACGACCAUAUCUUGCCUAUAUAUCGGAAAAUCUACCAAAACGCUUAAAGGAGCUCGGUCUCGAGCAAGUCCCAAUGGUUGUAUUUGCAAAGGGAGCUUGGUAUGCCUUAGAUUCCUUGUGUGAUUUAGGAUACCAGGUAGUAGGUUUGGACUGGUUACAAGACCCCGCGGAGGCCGUUCGGAUACGAGGAGACCGCCCAAUUGUCUUCCAAGGCAAUGCAGACCCAGGAGUUCUAUAUGGAACUCGUUCCGAAAUCACUCGGGUAGUCGAGGAAAUGGUAAAUGGUUUUGGUGGAGGAAAACAAGGAUGGAUUGCAAAUCUCGGUCAUGGUAUCACGCCAUUCGUCAACCCCGAGGAUUUGAAAUUCUAUUUCCAAGAGAUUCACCGAUUAACCAAGUGA